GGUCGGAGGCGGCGAGCCUGCCGGCGCUGGGGCUUCCCGCUGAGCCCGCAGCCGCCAGCAGCCGACUGUGUGCGGGCGCCCGGGCGCCGCCUGCGCGCCCGGGGAGCGGCGCUGGGUGGGCGCCGCAGAGAGCGCGGGCGCCCGGGUCUGGAUUCGCGCAGGAAUAUUUCAGACAGAAACUAAUUGCAGUGGUUCCGGUUGACCAGCAUUCACAGGCAUCCUGGACCUGAUUUAGGUGACAAGAUCCUGGACUUCAAGACUGUACUUUAUGCCAUAGUGGGAUAAGACUUCGCUGGGAUGGGGUCGGGGACUUGGGAGAGGAAUGAAGACAAAUACAGAGAUGGUGUGUCUAAGAAAUUUUAAAAGGUGUAGGCCUCCUGAUUGAAGCAUUGUUGAAUUACUGGAAUCAUUUUUAUUGACUUUCUGUACUCUUUACAGGGGAAAGUCAUGAUUACACUAACAGAGCUAAAAUGUUUAGCAGACGCCCAGUCAUCUUAUCAUAUCCUAAAACCAUGGUGGGACGUCUUCUGGUAUUACAUCACCCUGGUCAUGCUGCUGGUGGCCGUGCUGGCCGGAGCGCUCCAGCUUACGCAAAGCAGGGUUCUGUGCUGUCUUCCAUGUAAGGUGGAAUUCGACAAUCGCUGCACUGUGCCUUGGCACAUCCUGAAAGCCAGCGUGAACACAUCCUCUGAUCCUGGGACACCACUUCCGCUCCCCCUCAGGAUCCAGAAUGACCUCCACCGACAACAGUACUCCUACAUUGACGCUGUUUGCUAUGAAAAGCAGCUCCACUGGUUCGCAAAGUUUUUUCCCUACCUGGUGCUCUUGCACACGCUAAUCUUUGCGGCCUGCAGCAACUUCUGGCUUCACUACCCCAGCACCAGUUCCAGGCUCGAGCAUUUUGUGGCCAUCCUUCACAAAUGCUUCGAUUCCCCAUGGACCACCCGCGCCCUGUCAGAGACCGUGGCUGAGCAGUCGGUGAGGCCCUUGACACUCUCCAAGUCCAAGGUUUUGCUUUCAUCCUCAGGGUGUUCUGCUGAUGUUGAUGCCAAUAAGCAGUCAUUGUCCUACCCGCAGCCUGGCUUGGAGUCAGCUGGCAUAGAAAGCCCAACUUCCAGUGUCCUGGACAAGAAGGAAGGUGAACAGGCCAAAGCCAUCUUUGAAAAAGUGAAAAGGUUCCGUAUGCACGUGGAGCAGAAAGAUAUCAUUUACAGAAUUUAUCUGAAGCAGAUAAUAGUCAAAGUCAUUUUGUUUGUCCUUAUCAUAACUUAUGUUCCAUAUUUUUUAAGCUAUAUCACCCUUGAAAUUGACUGUUCAAUUGAUGUGCAGGCUUUUACAGGAUAUAAGCGUUACCAGUGUGUCUACUCCUUGGCAGAAAUAUUUAAGGUCCUGGCUUCAUUUUAUGUCAUUUUGGUUAUACUUUAUGGCCUCACCUCCUCCUACAGCUUGUGGUGGAUGCUGAGAAGCUCCCUGAAGCAAUACUCCUUUGAGGCACUGAGAGAAAAAAGCAAAUACAGUGACAUACCUGAUGUCAAGAACGACUUCGCCUUCAUCCUCCAUCUGGCUGAUCAGUACGAUCCUCUUUAUUCCAAACGCUUCUCCAUAUUCCUGUCAGAGGUCAGUGAGAACAAACUGAAACAGAUCAAUCUCAAUAAUGAAUGGACAGUUGAGAAACUGAAAAGCAAGCUGGUGAAAAAUUCCCAGGACAAGAUAGAGCUGCAUCUCUUCAUGCUAAACGGGCUUCCAGACAAUGUUUUUGAGCUAACUGAAAUCGAAGUGCUCAGCCUGGAGCUGAUUCCUGAGGUCAAGCUGCCCUCCACAGUCUCACAGCUGGUCAACCUCAGGGAGCUUCAUGUGUACCAUUCGUCUCUGGUGGUGGACCAUCCUGCCCUGGCCUUCCUGGAGGAGAAUUUAAAAAUUCUCCGCCUGAAAUUUACUGAAAUGGGGAAAAUUCCACGCUGGGUAUUUCACCUGAAGAAUCUCAAGGAACUUUAUCUGUCGGGUUGUGUCCUGCCUGAGCAGCUGAGCACCAUGCAGAUGGAGGGCUUUCAGGACUUAAAAAACCUCAGGACCCUCUACUUGAAGAGCAGCCUGUCCCGGAUCCCACAAGUCAUUACAGACCUCCUGCCUUCCCUGCAGAAGCUGUCCCUCAAUAAUGAGGGAAGCAAACUGGUUGUGUUGAACAACCUGAAAAAGAUGGUCAAUCUGAAAAGUUUAGAGCUGAUCAGCUGUGACCUUGAACGCAUUCCACACUCCAUUUUCAGUCUGAACAAUUUGCAUGAGUUAGACCUAAAAGAAAAUAACCUUAAAACUGUGGAAGAGGUCAUUAGCUUUCAGCAUCUCCAAAAUCUUUCCUGCUUAAAAUUGUGGCACAAUAACAUUGCUUAUAUUCCUGCCCAAAUUGGGGCAUUAUCUAAUCUGGAGCAGCUGUUUUUGGACCAUAAUAAUAUUGAGAAUCUGCCCCUGCAGCUUUUUCUAUGCACCAAACUACAUUAUUUGGAUCUAAGCUAUAACCACCUGACCUUCAUUCCAGAAGAAAUCCAAUAUUUGAGUAAUUUGCAGUACUUUGCUGUGACCAACAACAAUAUUGAGAUGCUGCCAGAUGGGCUGUUUCAGUGCAAAAAGCUGCAGUGCUUACUUUUGGGGAAAAAUAGCCUGGUGAGUUUGUCCCCUCACGUGGGCGAGCUGUCAAACCUCACUCAUCUGGAGCUCGUUGAUAACUACCUGGAAACACUUCCCCCUGAACUGGAAGCGUGUCAGUCCCUAAAGCGGAGCUGCCUGAUUGUCGAGGAGAACUUGCUCAACACUCUUCCUCUCCCUGUAGCUGAGCGGCUGCAGUCGUGCUUGGAUAAAUGCUGACCUAAAAUGUCCUAACUUAUAAAGAUAAAAAAAUGGGUAAUAAUUACAACUAACUAUAACCAAAUGUGUUAUUAAAGCAACUCAGUGUCUGGUCCUGAAUUAAGCAGGUAAAAAUGUUAACACAGAACUGAAUUUUGUGAACAAUGCAUCUUUUACUUACUGAUUUGUAAGAAGUACACUUUGAGUGUGGAAUGGGGGACAUGAAGUUAUUGAAUCUGUACUUUGCAGUUAUUACUUUGAAGGUUAGAUAUUCUUUCUUCUCCCUCCCCAGUCCCCAUUACUUAUUUGCACACCUCUUGUAACUGACUUCGUUUGGAUAUUUAUCACCUAGACCAUAAACUCAUACAAAUUUCCUUGAUGUACACUCAGCACUGUCUUCGAUUUAUGUUUUUAGUUAUUUUUAGGCAGGGUGCCUUGUGCUUGGCCGAGUUCCGUCUUGGCUUCUUAUUUCCUGUCCCAGCUUGCGUGAGUCUUCCUCCCUCCGGUUUUCUCUGAGCAGUGACAAGCCCUGGGAAAGUGCCCUCUUUGGCCUUUGCAUAGGACGAGAGCAGGGUGCGCAGGACUUGUCACCCUUGGGACACCCUGAAGAUUAAUGUGUCCUCUGAAAUUUCUUCUCGUGGAGCAUCAAAGCCUUUUUUAUUUGCUGGUAUGUUUUUAUAUUAAAUGUAAAACAAAUAUUUUUAUUGUUCACUCAUGGAUCCCAAACCUGCAAGAAUAGUUUUUGUACGGUACAGAGAACACAUGCAUCUCUCUAAGAAUUUACUAUGAAUAUUCUUGGUUUGGCUGCUUAUGAUUCUCAUACUUGUGUACAUUCUUCAUAAUGUUUUUUUGCACUCUGUGAUUAGCUACUUUUGGAUCAUAAAAGCCUGUGUUUCAGGCCCUAGAAUAUGGAGGGGUUUCCUUAUAAGAGGAUGGCCACAUCGUCUACCUCUCUCUUCCCUGUUGCUGUGCUGUCGUACGGGUACAAUUCUUCACUACUUCAGAAACUGUGAUGGAGGGGAGAGGUAGAGAUUUCGGCCUUCAAAACUGACUUCAAAAUACCUUGUAGAAAUUAAGUAAGAGUUACAGCAAAAACUUCACUUCUCUAUCUGUGUGAUCUAUAGAUACAAUUAUAAUGAAAAACAGCCUCUAUUCAGAGUUUAAGAUGAGUUCUUAAAGCUCACAAUGAAAUAGAUCUAUUUAACUGGAAUUUAUCUCAUGUCUUUGUUUAACUUUUCUGGAAUACAUUUUGCUCCUUUUCUAAUAAAAGAGCUUUUGUGUUUGGCCUUUUAUCAUGCAUGUUGUAAAAUGAAAAUGAACUGACUCAUUUUGGGGAAAUGUACAUUUUUAAUGUGUUUUUCUCUAAUGGGUCUGGGCAUAAUGAUGCCAUCUGAUUCUGGGUGUAACUAUGAAGCAAUCUGUUAAGCGCCUGAGACAAAACUGGAAAACACUGUGGGUAAAGGAAUUGUGAUGUGUGCUGUUUUUCUUGGUUUUGCCCAUUCCAAAAAGAUGAAAGUGAGUGUUUAAACAAAAUGUAGCUUUACUCACCUGCCACACAUCCCGGGACUGAAUCUCAGAGAAAAGAAUUGUUUGUAUCAGAUGAAAUUUGAAUAAUAUGAGCUAUAAAAAAAUAUAAAACACCAAAGGAUGCCUAAACCUUAUUGUUUAUUCUAAAUGAGAAGAAAUGGUGUAAAAAUGUAAUUUUUACCAAAACUUGCCUUUAGUCAGAACAUUCAAGUUCUCAGGGACCCAGGCAUAACUGAUGAAACUUUCUUUUAGAACUUCAGAAAACUGUAUCUGAGGGCAGGGGCGCAGAGGGGGUUGUUAUGUGAGUUGAUGGUCAUUUGAAUGUUCCACAAUAGAUGUAUGUUCAGUCCAUUGUUAGAUAGGAUUAUCUUAAGUUUUGGAUGUGACUGUGAUACAUGGAGGGGUAUUUAAAUGUUCUUGGAACUUAAAUGUUUUUGGACAAAUAAUUAGCUGUAAUUCAAAUGAAAAAGUUCACCUCAUUUUUUCUGAAUGAGUUUUCAAAACAAAUUUUAGAUUGUUGCCAUUUCCCUGACAAACUAGAACUUCACCAUGGCUAGUCACUGGUUUUGUUCAUGUGCAAAAGUCAUUGGCAAAAUCUCCCUUAUCACCUCUCUGAAUUUCUGGACACAGGUUACUAUCAGGAUCAAUAAUGAGUAUUAUAAGUGUCACUCCAAACACAAGGGUAUAUAUAGUAACUAGUGCAAGUUCUGUUCUUGAUGCCAUAGUUUUUAGAUUUAUUUUUUAUAUCAGUCUAACACACCAGUCUUUAGGUAGCUUUUGAAAUGACAGGGCACUGAUGCAAUGAACUCUGAGACCACCACUUGACACUGAGUAUGAGUUUGAUGCCACCUUUACUGCAUUGUUGGAGCAGGAGCAGAUAACAUAUUAUAAAAGUUCAUGUUCUUUUAAGAAGAUUUUAAAUGAAGAAAAAUGAAGUUUGUUCACUUGUGAAAUUUAGCUGGUAUUUGAUUUCCAACAAUGUCAGUGCAUUUUCCAAAACUAGAUAGAUGUGGAUGUUAUUCAGAACAAAGUCGAUGGCUUACGCUAGCAGUGGGAUUGGUUCGUUUACAUGCACACGUAGAUGCACACACAGACGACUGUGAAUGCACACCACACACACACACCCCUAUGUAUGCAAAAUGUAGCUUAUUAGUUUUGGAUGGGUUUAGUGUUUUCCCCAAGGUUGCGAGAGGUUAAUGAUAAGAUAUUCCUUUUUAUUCAUUACUUGUAAUUAUGUAAUGUUCUAUUCCCUUGGUUAUAUUUAAAAGAAAACUGAACGCCCAGCCUUAGUCUGAGAACCUAAGCAGUUUGGAGCAUUUCUGGUAAGGUAGUGUUCUUUCCCUAACCUACAUCAGAGUACAUUCUCUGUGGUACGUAGACACUGUGUUUUCAUUCUUCAUCCUGUCUUGUUUUUUUCCCUUCAGACUUCAGCAUAUUUCACAGUCACAUAACAAACCUUUGUGUGAAACAGGGUGAACAGAGACCCUCAGAAUCUCAGCUCCGUGGCAUACAUGGUUCAGGCGUGUGCUGCGUGGAGCUGCAGCAAGUUACCUGCACAACAUUGUUAGACAGUGAAAAUAUUUGUAUUUGUUUUUCAAGUGUUUCAUGAUUCAAAUUUUGUAUGUUUAAUUAAAACACUGCAUAAUAUCCAUGGGUUCAGAAACUAUUAAAAUAAACAAUUCUGUGGAUUUAUAGCUUAUUUCCUUGUAUUUUUAAUAAAAUACUCUUUCCGUCUUUGUUUUCUUACCAUUGUCCUAUCCACACAGGGCAUUUUGUUAUCUCUCUCCACUCACCCACCUCCUUAAAUUUGAUCAGUGCUUGUGCAGUAACAGAAUAUACUUGUGCUAGAGAACUUGCAGUGAUACUUGAGCAUGUGUUUACUUGGGGGAAAGCCAGAGCCUAUAAUUAUGCCUAAUUGAGUAGUUCUACUUUACCCAUCCCUGAGUAUUUAGAGCUGAUCCAACAUCCCCCAGAAGCAUGAGAAUAUAACUUUAAGUCCAUUUUCAGGAACUGCAUAUUGCAUAAGAAUCUGGUUGGGGUUUUUUGUUGUGUUUUUUUUUUCCUGGAAACAAGAAGAAGGCUGGUGGGAGAGGGCAGGAGUUAUUUUGUAUCCUGGUUUGAAUUAUGAAAACAUUGUAUACAUGAAACUGUUGCAAAAUACCCUGAAUAUAAUUAUUUCCCAUUUCAGCCGGAUGUGAAAGCUGAAGCAAUGGAAAAACUGUAGUCCUAUUUAACUGCUUUCUGUUUCUGGUCCAUCGCUUCCAUAUCCUCUGGGAGCUACCUACUAAGUACUUUAGGUAAUGGACUACAUUCUCUCAAACAUAUUUUUACACAAUUUCAUCAACACUAAAGCAUUAACAUGGAAAAUAUAAGCCGAAGUACUGAGUUGAAAUGGCUUCCAGUUGAAUUUAAUUCAUAUUUAAGUUUUGCAUUUGACUUGUAUAAUAAUACAGUACUGCUGAAAAAAACAAUUAUGAAUGCCUCCUGCAUGUUAUAUAUUAUCUCUAACAGAGAUGGUGCAAUUUAAAAAAUACAAAGGGGCAUAGAAUUAGAAUGGAUGUGUCUGUGCAUAUAUGUGUUGUGUAUAAUACUAAAUAUUUAUGUUUAAAUAUUUUUUAAUCUUCAGAUGUUUCACUCUCAGUGAAAUAAUGGGCCAAUCUUAAGUAGAAAGACUUUCUUGUUAGCUUAUUUUAUCUAUGUCACAUAUUUUGAAAUCUACAUAAUCAGCUUUUGCUUUUGGUAACAAAUUAUUAGAAAAUGUAUUAUUUUGUGAUGAGUUGAAUGUUUUUGGCCCUCAGGUUUACCAUGUAAAUCUGCAUUUUGGUGGUAAAUCCCUUUGCCUGAGAUUCAUUAGUUUUGGUAAACUUUACUGUUUUUAAAGUAUGUUUUGUGUAAAAUAAAAAUUCAAUUUUUAUAAUAAAUGGCAAAUAAAAAACAUUAAAUG